GCGGUGUUUGCAAGGACCGCUCGGCGUUAGAGCGUCGUUUCCGUUGCCGGUGUGUGCAGCUGGGGGAAACCGAGGCAGUGCCAGCUUCCCCCUAGUUCUUCCGCUCCUGUGAGGAGAACAUGUUUGUUUCUUUGUGGGAGUUUUUCUAUGGACACCUUUUCCGAUUUUGGAUGAAAUGGGUCUUACGGCAGAUGACUGGAAAGUGUGAAUUGCAGCGGAUUUUUGACACCUAUAGAGGUGCACAGAGGACCUACAGGAUAGAAAAUUCCUUGACAUAUUCCAAGAAUAAGGUCCUACAGAAUGCAACUCGAUCUGCCGAGAGCGAACUGGACAGAUAUGUAGUGGACAUAAUGAAGGAAAAGAACAUCUGCCCCGAGAAAGACACCAGCUUUCAAAUCUGCAUGAGGACAUGCUUACUGCAGAUAACUGGCUACAAACAGCUCUAUCAGGAUGUAGAAAAUGUGAGGAAAAAACCCUAUGAUUCUGCAAAUGCUCAGCAUGAGAAACUGCUCCUCAAGCUUUGGAGUCUUCUGAUGCCCACGAAAAAGUUGAAGUCCCGAAUCUCCAAGCAGUGGGCAGACAUUGGUUUCCAAGGUGAUGACCCCAAAACAGAUUUCAGAGGCAUGGGCAUGCUCGGAUUAAUCAACCUUGUGUAUUUCAGUGAAAAUUACACCAGCGAAGCGCAUCAGAUUCUUUCCCGUUCAAAUCACCCCAAAUUAGGGUAUUCUUAUGCAAUAGUUGGAAUCAAUCUUACAGAGAUGGCUUACAGCUUGCUGAAGAGCGAGGCUCUGAAGCUUCACCUCUACAACUUUGUCCCUGGGAUUCCCACCAUGGAGCACUUUCACCAGUUUUACUGUUACCUUGUCUAUGAAUUUGACAAGUUUUGGCUUAAAGAAGAACCAGAAAGCAUUAUGCACUUCAACCUGUACAGAGAGAAGUUUCAUGAGAGGAUUAAAGGACUCUUAAUGGAUUACAAUGCUGUGCUCACUUUGAAAACAUGAACCGUCCGUAGCAUCUUCUCUUUCUACCAUGUUUUGCACACACAGCAGAAUUUAUAUGUUAUUAUAGAAAUUAUCUGAUCAACUACACUCGUAUAUAUAAUUUCAUACAAAAAAAUGCUUCAGAAACGCUAUUUAAGAAAGCUGGUGGACAAUCAGUGUAUGUUUACAGUUGUUUAUACGCUGGUCUCCAAGGUCCCUGACCCUUCCAAAGAGCUCUUCCGGAGUCACACAAACUACAGUUUGGAACUUGGGACUUAGCCUGUUAGUUUAAAAAUAUAAAUCAGGUAUAUUUAUAUCUAGCCAGUUGACUAAAAUGUGCAUGAAUCUGUUCUUUUUUUGUGUGUGUUGUAGCUCUCAAGGUGGUGUCAUUUUCAAAACUUCAGGUUUAUCAUUCAUUCUGGAAAGGCUUUUGAAUGCGCUUUGUCUUUUUAUUUGUAGGCAGAUUGGUACCAGGUGUCCUCUGAGGCUUUUCUGCAUUUCCAGCUGUCAAAAUGUCCUGUCCUUAGAGCAGAGAGCAUGGCUCUGUCAAAGAGGGGGAAAAUCAUGCCUUCCCUUUUGAUUUCUCUGAUGACUGAACAUAACAGAAAAUGAGAGAAGUCAUUGUUGAUGACUAGCUUUUUAUUUAUAAAUAACAUACUUUGGAGGUCUAGGCAUUUCCUCUUGCUUGGUAUUUGCUUUUAUGAGCUAUAGAAUGAACCUUUCUUCAAGCUCUACUGUGAGGCCCCCUUCCUAUGUGUUUCUCUGCUGAGAGAAUCCUGAUUGCAUUCAAAACAGUUUCUUUUAAGAUAAAACUGUUUUUGAAAUGUAAGAAGAAAACAGCGCUUUUUAAAAAGGUUCCCCAUCACUGGUGUGUUUGACCUGCUCUUCACUUUGCUUGCUCUUGCUUUGAUGCUGGUGUUUCUAGGUAAUCUUGUAGGGACCUGGGUUAACAGGCUGUGGGUACCACCAAGCCUACGUCAUGACUGUGCAUUUGUAUAGCUUUAUUGUACCAAAUCUCAGGAGGGCAGUAAGUACAGUUGAAGUUCAUGCGGGAGGAGAUUCUAACGGGAUGGUCUCCUCUUGGUGUGUUUUAAGAGGUUUGUUCUCAGAACAAAACUAAAAGAGAAAGGCUAUGGACUGUGAGGCACACACGCUCCUUUAUUCCUUUGGAAACCAGUUCAUAACGUCAUAAUUUAAUCUAAAACAUGGUGAUGUUUUGCACAUCUUUUAAUAUCAGGUAUUUAAAGACUAGCUUGUGUGAUAGAGGAAGGUUUGCUACUUUUCCACAAUUUGUUGUUGUCUUUUGACAAGCCCCUGCUUUUAUACCAUCAGAGAGAGAGAGAGAGAGAUAAAGAGAGAGAGAGAGAGAGAGAGAGGUGUGGGUAUCCCAUAAAAGAGGCACAGCUGUAGUGUUGCAUAGCAUAGCAUUACAGUGCAUGGGUUAAAAACCUUUUUCCUUAAGGAAGAUGAAAAUUUUUAGAAAAGUAGUUUACAUACUAGAAAGGAUGUAGCUUUUUAGUAUUAUAGGAAGUUAAUUGAUUUCUUAUAGGGGACAUGUUAAUGCUGGUAAUGUAUUCAUUUAAUUUUUGGAAAGUCUUUUGUUGUCCAGGUUUUAUGACGAAUUGCAGAGCUAAGCCCUAACUAGGAGCACAUGUUCACCAUUGUCAUUUUCCGUGGAAAGCAGAGUGUUAGUCUCUGUUGUGCUAAAAGCACUUACCUUUGUAUUGUAAUCUUUCAACAGCCUAGCUCUUGGGCUGAUUUAACUCUUUAUCAGCCCAUGUAAUAAAAAAAAAAAACAAAACAAAACACUACUUGAAGUAUGAGAGAGGAAAAAAAAAUAAAAAUAAUAAUAAUAAUAAUAAUUCUUUCUCAGCAGAAAACUCUAGUGAUUCUAAGAACAUAUUGUCAUAGUUUAGUUAGUGUCACAGUCUUUAAAUCCUCCUUUGUUUGCACAUUAUAAAUAUUGUUUUUAUUAAAAUUAUCAUUAACCAUUUCAGAUAAUUACAUAUAGCGGAGCUGAUUCGUAAGCCAAUGACAACUUCAGAGCUCUGAUUCUCUGGAAGUUUGACUGUCACUAGUUGUACCUUAAAAUGUAACAGAACCUUUUGGCUGAUAAGCUGGGCACAUGCAGGCAAGGGACAGUACAGUCAAUUUACCUUACUUUCAGCAGAUGUCAGAACUUCGUGCAGUUUUAAAACCCAUGUGUAGAUGCUUACCUCUGUCUAGAACUAGUAAAAUUACUAUGUAGCAAUUGAUAGUCAUGGCAUUGAAGUAGCAGGAAAAUUAUGGGAGUUAUAGCAUGAUUGAAGUAGAGUCAAUGGGAGAUCAAGUUUUCUGUUUUGAGAGUGAAAAGAUUUUACCAGUGGCAAAAGUAGCAUAAAAAUAUAACUGCAACAUUUACAGUUCAAAUGCUCUGAAAGACAAUCUUUUUAAAAACUGGAGACACUGGGUAUCACUGAACCUAGACCAGCCUCUUUGUAAAUAAGUGUCACAAUACAACUAGUUAUAAAAAUGAAUUUAAACUAGCACCAUUUACAGUUCAUAAAUCAGAUUUUUUUAAAUCCCUGUUUUUUUCUAUUUUAGGAGCUACUUGGAUUUGUAUGUAUUUUUCUAUGAAAAUGUAUGCAGUCUUUAUUCUUCCUUCAGUGUUGGUCACCAUUUUCAUAUCAUUCUGUUCAUUGGGAAUAUUCAGUGAAAGGGAUUUUGAUGAAAAGUUUUGCUCAAAGAAAAACCAUUACUUGGGUAUGAAAAGCAGCUGCUCAUUUCUGCAGCAGAAGAGGGAAUCAUGGCAUAGAGGACGGAGUUUUGCCCAGGGUGGUGAUAGCUUAUUCUUGUGAUCACGACUGGGGACCAGCCGCUGCAUCCUCAGGGUAGGUGCUCUACUUUAAUCCCUGAAGAGUCCGCGUCUGGGAGGCUUUGCCCUCGUGGUCCUGUAUAGGAGCCUCAUCACACAAGCAGCUUUUAAUGAAAACGAGGGGGCUUGUUAAUACGCUGAGAAAAAUCAUGACUUGUGUAUUUGUUUAUCUGUCUCUAGCUUUUGAUGAGAAAGAGUUUUUAAAUGUAAUGUAGGUAGGACCCAGCAACCACAUUUACUUUGGCAGGGUAGUUCUAUAUUUUUGUUAAAGUACUGACAAAUAUUAAAGCAGUAGUGUUCCCUGGAGGGAAAGUACCUGUUGGCAACUUAAAUUUUUGUCUAUUUUGUGACAAGCAUUUGAGUUUCAGGUAAAAGCAAUAGUGUGCGAUGUGGUGUCUUUUUGUUUGUGAUGUUAAGUGAGAAAAUAAAACCAUGGCUGAAACUGU